CAAUGUCUUUAACAACCUGUCACUUCUUUCAGCUGAUUUUGGCAUUAUGGUUUGAGGUUAUCGUUAAGUGUUUCAGUUUUUUAUUCAUUUGUUCAAAAUGUGCUAAAUAGAACAUAAAGUGACAAAUUGUUUGGAUAAGUUUCUUAAAGUCAUUCAAUCUCAUAAAACAUGAGUGACUACGAAAUUGAGAGUGGUGAUACCUCUGAUGACAGUUCUGUAUCGUUAUUGAAUGACUUACAGGAUAGUCAAGAAAUAAAUAAUGCUUCUAAACAAAAUCAGGGAGAUACCAAUACAAAUGCAACUGAAAAAGUUAACGAUACUAAUCAAGAACUAAACAAUGGAAAAACUGAAAAAUGGGAAGACGUUUUAGGCAGUGGUAGCAUUUUGAAAUUAACAUUAGUAGAAGGGAAAUUAGGCACUAGACCUAUUAGUUUACAAAACUGUAAAAUAAAGUAUAAGUGUUAUUUGGAAGAUGGGGUAUUGGUGGAAGAACAAGAUGAUUUUGAAGUUCAAAUUGGUGACAAUGAAGUUGUUCAGGGAUUAGAUGUUGUUCUAGCAUUAAUGAAUGUAGGGGAAACAAGCAAGAUUAAAAUUGAACCAAGACUGGCCUAUGGAAGCAGAGGAUUAGAAUCUAAAAUUCCUCCAAAUGCAACAAUUUUGUAUGAAGUCACCUUGCUGUCUGCAGAUGAUGAUGAUGAACCAGAGAGUUUAAAUUUAGCACAGAGGAAAUUAAAAGGAAACAAAAAACGAGAAAGAGGGAAUUGGUGGUAUGGCAGAGGAGAAAAUCAAAUAGCAAUUCAGUGUUACAGAAGGGCAUUAGAUUAUUUAGACGAAGUUGAAGGAGGAAUCAAACAACCAUUACCAGAUGGGGAGAAGCAAGUAACAGAUGCCGAAUUGCAAAAGUUAUUAGAAGAUAGAAUAAAUGUCUGCAAUAAUAUGGCAGCUGCUCAAAUCAAAUUAGAGUUGUUUGAUGCUGCCCUACAAUCUUUGCAAACAGUACUGCGUUGUCAACCAGAAAAUGUAAAAGCACUCUAUCGUAAAGCAAAGGUGUUAAGAGCUAAAAACGAUUUAAAUGGAGCAAUGCAAAUUCUUCAGAAAGCAAACAAAAUCGAGCCCAAAAAUGUUGAUAUCCAAAAAGAAAUAUUAUCAAUUCAGGGGCUACUUCAGAAGCAAAAGAAUUCAGAAAAGGAGUUGGCAAGAAGAAUGUUCAAGGACCACAUUGGAGAGAAGAAAACUGAAAAACCUACCUCCUUUAAACUUUAUGUGUGGGCUACAUUGGGGGCCAGUGUUGCCGUAGGUUUGGCAGGGAUGGCGGCAGCAUACAGAUUGAACUUUUUUAAGCAUUUAAUGGUAUUUUGGAGAGAGUUGAAGCUUCAUGAAAAUUAUUUUUUAAAUUUAAAACGUUAAAUUGGUAAUAUAAUUUUAUGUCGGGUGUAUGUGUACAAACUAUUUUCUCUUCAUUGUUUUUUAUACUUUGCAAUGUUACCAAUAAAGCACAUUUUAAAAAAA